AUGUGGCCGGAGAAGAUGAACGCGUGGGCAGAAGACCCGCUCAAGCGCGCGGGGUCGGCAUCGGCGCAUCCGUCGAGCCCUCUACGGCGCUACAGCCCAACGACGCUGGCGGUAGGCGGCCUCAUCGUCGUUGGUGGCCUCGGCUACCUCAUGUUCGGGGACGGGCGCAAGAAGAACGGGCGUGACCAUCAGGAGGCUAGCCGCCGGGCUUAG